UGUAAAAUCAGCUGUUUUCUAUUUGGUUCACCAGCUCUGUCUAUUCUAUUGCGUCUUACAAACGGUCCAGCUCGCAAUGUUCAAACCGGAAAGCCACGGACUUAGUCCGGACUUCCGGCUAACAAAAUUCUCUACACUUCGAGGGUGAGGUUCGAAAGUUCCUCAAGAUGUCCUAAACCGACUUCUUGCAGGAGUGUACACGGAACAAUUAGGUGAUAAGGAUGUGAAGGAAAAAAAUGACCCGGAGGAGGGUGUUGGAAUAGGAUUGGAUUCAUCUGUAAUAGCGCUCAAACAUGACCUCUUUUUGGUACAAUCGGUUGAUUUUUUCUACCCACUUAUCGAUGAUCCAUUUAUGCUAGGCAAGAUUGCGUUAGCCAACGUGGUAAGUGAUGUGUUUGCCGUUGGUGCCACGGAAAUCGAUCAGAUAAAGCUGAUAGUUACCGCACCGACCGAAUUCACCGACAAGGAACGGGAGGUGGUAGUGCCAAUGGUAAUGAAAGGAUUUAUGGAAGCUGCCAAGGAAUGCAAAGCACCGGUCAAGAUUGGUAGCAUUGCGGAAAAUCCUUGGUGUAUAAUUGGUGGUGCUGCUUCGGCUGUCUGUCAUCGGUCGGAGCUGAUAAUGCCAUACAACGCAGCAGAAGGUGAUGUGAUAGUGUUGACCAAACCGCUCGGCACACAGCUGGCAACGAAUGCUUACAUCUGGAUGAACGAAAAGUCUGAAAACUGGACCCGACUACAGGAGCGUUUCAAUGUGGCCGAUAUUGAAGAAACGUAUCGUAUCGCAUUAGAGUCGAUGUCCAGGUUAAACAAAGCGGGAGCGGAAUUAAUGCGUAAGCACCACGCACAUGCGGCUACAGACGUCACAGGUUUUGGCAUCUAUGGGCAUGCAGAAAAUUUGGCAUCGUUCCAGAAAGCCGAAGUAGAUUUCCAACUCGAUACGCUUCCCAUCAUUAAGAACGUGCGAGAAAUAGCGGAUGUUCUCGGUCGUAGCACAAAACUGCUCGGUGGUAAAGCGGUGGAAACUAGCGGCGGGUUGUUAAUAUGUUUACCUAGCACGAACGCAGCAGCAUUCUGUGAAGAGUACAAACAAUCUACUGCACAUGAGGCGUGGAUAGUAGGGUGUGUUGUAAAAGGCACUAGAGGUGUACAGAUGAAUCCAAAUCUGAAAAUCUUAACCGUGGAAGAAUCCUAAGAUCAGACGUAUCGCAAAGGACGUGGAGAUGGCUUCAAGCGUAUGAAACGAAUUUCGGAAAGGCUACAACGGCUGGGAAAUUUGUGAAAGCUUUCUUGAACCAUCAUCCACCAAUGUUGUGUUCUGUUUGAUUGAAAUAAAGUGCAUAAAAAGGAGAACUGUUUGGCAUCCAUUACAAUUGAAACUUUAAAAUAUAUUGAUGCAUUUUAACGCGAUUAGAAAUUAACCAAUACGGCCAAGCCGUUCUUUAUGAAUAAAAUUAACGGGAUUAGAAA